AUGGCGUACCAGGCGAGAGCGAGUGGACAAGAGGCGCAGUACGUGCAGCAUGAGCAGAAGUUGAUGGCCGAGGCUGAGGCGGCGUAUAGAGAAAUAGCGGGGAAUGGUGGGGCAAACGCGGUGAGGGUGGCGGAGAGGAACAGGGAGGAGAAGAAGAAGAUGUUGCAGCAGCAACAGCAAGGUGCGACAGGGACACAGACAGCAGGAGGAGGGACGAGUGCGUUUGGCCAGACAGCUAGUGCCUUUGGAGGUGGUGGUAGUAGUGCGUUUGGUGCGGCAAAACCGGUAUCUGCCUUCGGUAGCACUUCUGCGUUUGGCAGCACAACAGGAACGACGAGUGCUUUUGGUCAACCGGCGGGCGGGACUGCGUCUGCGUUCGGCCAGCCCUCAGCAUUCGGCAGCACCUCAACACCCGCUGCCACCACAAGUGCAUUCGGCAGCACCUCAGCAUUCUCUGCCUCCACUCCAAACAACACCACAUCCGCCUUUGGCUCCACCCCUACGCCCUCCGCCUUCAGCUCCACAGCCGCCCCACAACAACCAGCAUCAGCUUUCGGCAGCUCCACCGGUACCACACCUGCCUUUGGCUCCACUGCUUUCGGCUCAACCCCUACUCCUCCCACCCAACCUUCAGCAUUCGGGAGCUCCACCUCGGCUUUCGGGACAUCUGCUUUCGGCGCACCCAACAGCUCAUCUUUUGCGGUAGGCAAUACAACGACCAACCUCGUGCAAGACCCGUACAAGUCCUCGGUGCCGACGAAGGAUCAAUUGACAGCAGAGGUGUUGAGCCUCUUCGAGAAGGAUACUUUCGAAUGGGGGAUGGUGCCGUUAAUCGAACCGCCGAUCGAUGUUCGCUGA